CCCCUAACACCAACUUCUCUCUCUGUGUCUAGUUCAGCAAAGUCUUCUCCCCCCACUCCAAAGUCAGUCUCGCCCUACAAAACCCUCUCAGACCUCAGUCUUCUCUGAAAUUCUCUCUCUCUGUGAAAAGCUCGGAAGCUCGUUCCGGUCGUCAAUGGAGGGCUCCGAGACCUCCAACGGUACAACCUUGAGGAAUGCUUUCGGUAAUGUCCUCUCCUUCUUCAUCCUCAUCCUGAUCGGCGUUCUCGCUUUUUCGAUCCGUCUCUUCUCUGUCAUAAAGUACGAGAGUGUUAUUCACGAGUUUGAUCCUUAUUUCAAUUACAGAGUCACUCAGUUUCUGACAAAGAAUGGAAUAUAUGAUUUUUGGAACUGGUUUGAUGAUCGAACCUGGUAUCCUCUUGGUCGUGUGAUUGGUGGAACUGUUUACCCUGGAUUGACCUUGACAGCAGGAACCCUAUGGUGGUUGUUGAAUUCAUUAAAUAUUCCUCUUUCUGUGGAAACUAUUUGUGUAUUUACUGCACCUAUAUUCUCUGCUUUCACAUCCUGGGCAGCUUACCUUCUGACUCGGGAAGUUAAGGGCGCUGGUGCUGGACUAACAGCUGCAGCUCUUAUUGCAAUGGUGCCAUCAUAUAUUUCUCGGUCUGUAGCUGGAAGCUAUGACAAUGAAGCUGUGGCUAUUUUUGCUUUGGUCUUCACCUUCUAUCUCUAUAUAAAGACACUGAAUACAGGAUCCCUCUUUUAUGCAACUCUUAAUGCCCUAGCAUACUUUUACAUGGUUUGCUCUUGGGGAGGCUACACAUUUAUUAUCAAUCUUAUUCCAAUGCAUGUGCUUAUGUGCAUUGUGACUGGUCGAUACUCAUCACGACUGUACAUUGCCUAUGCUCCUCUUGUUGUCUUGGGCACAUUAUUAGCUGCUUUGGUGCCUGUUGUUGGAUUUAAUGCAGUCAUGACAUCGGAACAUUUUGCAUCCUUCUUGGUUUUUAUUAUUAUACACGUGGUCGCAUUUGUGCACUAUAUCAAAGGGGUUCUUGCACCUAAAAUGUUCAAAGUUGCUGUGACACUUGUUCUAUCUAUUGGCGUGAUAGUAUGCUGUGCUGUGAUAGCAGUACUGGUAGCUUUGGUAGCUUCAAGUCCGACGAAGGGGUGGAGUGGGCGAAGUCUAAGUCUACUUGAUCCAACCUAUGCAAGCAAGUACAUACCAAUUAUUGCUAGUGUUAGUGAGCAUCAACCUCCUACUUGGCCCUCAUACUUUAUGGACAUUAAUGUGUUGGCAUUCUUAGUUCCAGCUGGCAUAAUUGCAUGCUUUUCACCCUUAUCGGAUGCGAGCUCUUUUGUCAUCCUUUAUAUUGUAACAUCAGUUUAUUUCUCUGGAGUUAUGGUGCGUCUUAUGUUGGUACUUGCUCCAGCAGCAUGCAUUACCUCUGGAAUUGCUCUUUCUGAAGCUUUUGAAGUUUUUACACGAUCAAUUAAGUUUCAGUUACCUGGUUUACAAGGAAUUUCACCAGUUAAGGCAGAGGAGACCAGUUCUGAUAGCACUGUGCCACUGAAUGAAGUGCCUAAGACCGAUAAAAGUGGAGAGACAUUAAAGGAGAGACCCUCAAGAAAGAACAGGAAGAAGGAAAAAGAACCUGUAGAAAAGCCUUCUAUCAAAGCUCGAAUUGAAAAGAAGCUUCUGGUUUUACCUCUUGAGGGAUCAGUUCUUGCUAUUCUACUUGUGCUGCUGGGUGCCUUCUAUGUGGUUCAUUGUGUCUGGGCAGCAGCAGAAGCGUAUUCAGCCCCAUCCAUUGUUCUAACAUCUCAUUCACAUGAUGGUCUCCAUGUUUUUGAUGAUUUUAGAGAGGCUUAUGCAUGGCUAAGCCACAAUACUGAGGUGGAUGAUAAAGUUGCAUCUUGGUGGGAUUAUGGGUACCAAACCACUGCCAUGGCUAACCGCACUGUCAUUGUUGACAAUAAUACCUGGAACAACACUCAUAUUGCAACAGUCGGUACUGCCAUGUCUUCUCCAGAAAAGGCUGCUUGGGAAAUUUUCAACUCAUUGGAUGUAAAAUAUGUCCUCGUUGUAUUUGGAGGUCUUGUUGGCUACCCCAGUGAUGAUAUUAAUAAAUUCCUGUGGAUGGUCCGUAUCGGAGGUGGUGUAUUUCCUCAUAUCAAGGAACCUGAUUACUUAAGAGAUGGUCAGUAUCGGAUUGACAAUCAGGCCACCCCCACCAUGCUAAAUUGUCUCAUGUACAAGCUCUCUUAUUACAGGUUUGUGGACACGGAUGGUAAAGGCUUUGAUAGGGUGAGGCGAACAGAAAUUGGAAAGAAGCAUUUCAAACUUACCCAUUUUGAAGAGGUAUUUACAACUCACCAUUGGAUGGUUCGGAUAUACAAACUAAAACCGCCAAAGAAUCGUAUCCGAGGAAAGACUAAAAAAUCAAAAUCGAAAUCAACCUCAACGAUUAGCGGAAAAAGAAGUGGGACUAAAAAGAAUCCGUGGAACUGAAAGUCAUUUAUUUCUAGCUCAUAUUAUCUGUAACUUCAUAUGUAUACAAAAAGCGAGGGCCUCAGAGGCUGAGAAGACUGAGAAAGCAUAGUGGCUUUUCUAGUUUUAUUAACGAAAUUCAAAGGACAAAAAAUUUUGCGACGCUUUAGAUGAUUUUUUUCUUGUACUCUUUUAGAGCAUAAUCUUUUACAGUGUUAA